ACUGUUUACAAAACCUGCUCUCAACAGCGAGGUCACAGGUCAGAGUUGAGAGGUUCCGCCGCGUCUGACAAAGUGCCACCUGUAGCGGAUGAGUCAGCGCGCGCAUCUCCAUCCAAAACGCGUCUUCGUGUUUGUUUGUGGACACCGUUCACUCGUUCACUCCACUCUCUCUGCCUCUCUCGCGGCGCCACGCACACGCACGCACGGACAGACCCUCACAGACGCGCGAGGAAGGAGGAGGAAGGAUGCUCUGCUGCUAGAGGUGUGUGCCUGUCCACGCACACUUCAUAAUCAUCUGCCCACGCGUGGAUGGAGGCGAAAAAAAAAAAAAUUCUCCGAAAUGUUUCCGCCUCUGUCUGAGUGAAUGAUUGGCGGAGGAGUGACUGGAUGAACACACCAAGCGCCACGUACGGGCUUUUUCCCCCGCUGUUGCUGCUGUUGCUUGUUUGUUUUCAACUUUGCACUGCCGCUUCUUGAGGUGCGAAGAGAUAUUUCCCCGUCGCCGUUUCGCCAUCCACGGCUUUUCCCCCCGUUUCGCCCGACGCGCGAAGUAUGCGAGAAGACCGACCGCUGUUUCUGCUGGUGGUGGUUGCAGCGUGUCCAGGCUGGGAUUGACAAACGACUAAAGGAGAUUUUCAGGAGGAAAUAUUGUUUUUGUUUUGCAUUUCUUUUUAAUAUUUCAUUUUGCGAUGUCUACGCGGAAGGCAUCGCUGACGGACAAGCAGCAAACCAAAAACGGCACGUCAAAAUAUGUCCUGGAGAGAUGCGCGUCUAUUAACGAGUAUUACGAUAUUGCCUUCAAGGUGAUGCUGCUGGGAGACUCGGCGGUGGGGAAGACGUGUGUGCUAGUGCGCUUCAAAGAUGGAGCCUUCCUGGGAGGCAACUUCAUAGCCACCGUUGGAAUAGACUUUAGGAAUAAAGUGGUGGAUGUGGACAAUCUCAAAGUCAAACUGCAGAUCUGGGAUACAGCUGGCCAGGAAAGGUUCCGCAGUGUAACACACGCCUACUACAGAGAUGCCCAAGCCUUACUCCUGCUUUAUGAUAUCACCAACAAGCCAUCAUUUGACAACAUCAGGGCUUGGCUGACUGAGAUACAUGACUAUGCCCAGAAGGAUGUGGUCAUCAUGUUGCUCGGCAACAAGUCGGACCUCGCCGCAGAAAGAGUGGUAAAGACAGAAGAGGGAGAGAAGCUGGCAAAGGAAUAUGGAGUACCAUUUAUGGAGACCAGUGCCAAGACUGGAGUUAAUGUGGAGCUAGCUUUCCACGCCAUAGCGAGGGAGCUGAAGCACCGAACCACGCAGGAGCCCAACGAUCCCAAGUUCCACAUUCACGACUACAUCGAGUCCCAAAAGCAGAAGGCCGGCUGCUGUGUGCUGAUUUAACCCGUGCCCCAACACAAAAACCACAUGGACACACAGAUGUAUACAUUAGCAGAGGAAGGGAGUGCAACAAGUCAAUCCCAGCCCUGGAUCGCACAGCGCACCUUCUCCUCAGAGGAAGUCCGGGCUGGGCUGUCAAACCCUAAUCAGAAAUGUGAAUUUAAAUUGACGUUAUGUUGUAAGCUGGGCUUGGCAUUAACUUUUUGCUUACUGUGUUUUUUAGAUUUCCCAUAUGCUUUAGUAACAUAUUUUGGAUGCCUUAGGAUUAGUAUUUCACAUGUGUUCCUUGAAAUAAUCUAUAUGUAUGAAGAGUAAAAAUCUAUUCAGGCCUGCUACCUGACAUAAAAUGGCAUGUACAUUUUAUGUGCCCUCUGCAGGCAACAGUGGGACAAGAAGUGGUAGCAGUUUAAAUAAGACUAAAAGCCAUAGCUCCUAGCAGCUCUCAAAUAGUUUUAUAGUAAGAGAUGAGUUGAAAUAAAGGAUAUUCUUGAGAGAUCAUCAGAACAAGUCUGGUGAUGAUGAAUGAGCACUUUAGCUUUCAAUACGCAGAUGGCCUCAGCAUGCAGAGUUACUCAAGUGUGCAUAAACAAACCAAAACUCAAAAAAAGUAUAUAUACUAUCACAAUUAAUUUGGCAUCGAACAUAAUGGCAUUUAAGGACUUUUUGGGCUUGUUGAACUGAAUGCGUUUCAAGCUCAAAUGUAAAUGUGGCUGCUCGGCUCAUGUUAAUGUCAAGCCCUGGUUGUGAGAACACUUUGUGGUCCUUUGUGGUGACAGAUGUGAUAUGCUGCAUCUCAAUUCUUAACAGUUUUUGAUUCCUCCACUAACGACUUCACCCACCGAAGAGAGACGGCUGACUUGAGGCAGCACCAGCUCUCAUUUUGGUAGUGUAAUGUACGAAUUGAGAUGCAGCCUAAAGCUACAAAACAAAACGCUGAACCCCUUUGCAGCCGAACAAUCAAUAUGGCUGCCUCAGUGGGUGGGGCCUUUUGCUCUGCAGUGUGUUUUCCAUCCCACGUUUACCAGGCUGUGAAUUCAGUCCCUUUGGCCUUACAGUCCUCAUCUCGUUCAUUCUUCAGUCAGAUUGUAGCUUGGAAAUGGUCUCAUUAGUUCAUGUGUGUACUGUGGUUAGGUAGAAUAAAGCCGAUGUUUGGAGGGCACUCGUCCUGUGUGUGUCUCUAUGUAUUUAAUUCAGGAAACGUACAUAUUUGUAAUGUCAUACAUGUAGCUUCAAUCUGGGUGUUUGGGUGCAUUAAAGGUUCUAAAAGGCCAGUGUCAUUGACAAGUGUGUGUCUUGUUAAAUAAUUGGUGGGAGAAUAUAAGGUCAAUACGAAUUUAGUUUAAAGGGUCUGUAUUGCGCUAUUUUUUGAUCUGUUAUAAUAUUUCCGCAUUAAAAACAUUUCUGGA